GCGCGCGUGUUGACGUCAGAGUGAGGGCAAGAGGCGGAGGCGUCUUCCCGCGUCCAAGAUGGCGCCGGGCUCAGGGAAGGUGAAGCAGGACAUGCCUCCUGCGGGGGGCUACGGCCCCAUCGACUACAAGAGGCACAUGCCCCGGCGAGGGCUCUCCGGCUACAGCCUCUUCGCCAUCGGAAUCGGGACCCUUCUUUACGGCUACUAUUCGCUUACAAAAUGGAACCGGGAAAGGAGGCGCCUGAAUAUUGAGGACCUGGAAGCCCGGAUAGCUCUCAUGCCUCUCCUGAUGGCGGAGGACGACCGGAGGACCCUCCGCCUCCUGCGGCAAAAUUUCGAGGAGGAGGCCAAGAUCAUGCAGGACGUCCCCGGUUGGCAGGUGGGUGAGUCUCGCUUCCACACGACCCGCUGGGUGCCCCCGACGGCUGACGAGCUCUUCUACCUCCGCCCGGCCAGUGAACUGGACAACGCCAAGUUCGGAUGCCAGUUUUAUGUCUGAAAGGGGACAGCGGUGGGAUUUGGGACCCUCCCGAAAACCAGCAUAUUUCCAAAUAAACAACUUCUGGUGUGUGUUCA